AUGGUGGAAACUUCAGAUCAAUCAUCUCCUUCAAGUCCUAUUCAUACCAACAAUGAAACCCAAAUCAACUCUUCAGGGAAUACUCGAACCCUAGACCCUUACAUAAUUCACCCAAGUGACAAUCCUGCAACAGUGCUAUCUUCUCCUCUUUUGCAGGGGGAUAAUUAUGGUUCCUGGGUUAGGGGAAUAACUAAAGCUCUGAAUGCUAAGGAUAAGCUCGGUAACAAUGAUGGAAGUGAUGUGACGAUCUCGUCGGCAGUUGGCUUCUCAACUCUUGCCAACCAGACAUCAGGGCUAGCUGCUUUUUCUCCUUACUCUCGAGAAAUAUGGAAGGAUUUAGAGGUGAGAUUUUGUAUAUCCAAUGCUCCUAUUUUAUUUCGACUCAAGUCUGCUAUAGCUGCCAUCAGGCAAGAAUCCAUGUCGGUCUCUAUGUAUUACACGAAAAUAAAAACACUGUGGGAUCAAUAUCAUUCUCUCGUGGCUGCCACCGAAGUAUGUAUUUGUGGUGCCGGCAAGUCUCUUCUUGAGAGACUUGAACGUGACAGAGCCAUGGAGUUUCUUCAGGGUUUGCAUGAUCGCUUCUCUAAUCUCAUAAGCCAAAUCCUCAUGAUGGAUCCUUUCCCCACUGCUAUUCGCAUCUUCAAUAUGGUACAGCAGGAGGAAGAACAACAACAUAUCACGGCAAGUCCUCUCCCUGCCAUUGAAGCUCCCGCUUUGAAUACCAACCGACAUCAUCCACAGACUUCUCGUUCCGCACCUGCAACUCACCACAAACGACCUCGCCCACACUGUGACUAUUGUAACCGUCAUGGUCACAUCCGUGAACGCUGCUAUCGCUUGCAUGGUUUUCCUUCUUCAUCUGCAACAACACCUACUGCUGCCAACACUACUGCAACUCAGGAAUUUCAACCUAUGCAACCUGCUGCCAUCCCAGCAUUCUCAUCUGAACAAUACAGUCGUCUACUUGCUUUAAUCAAUCCUCCAGGGGAAGAUACUUCAGUUGAACCUCGGGUGAAUUUAGCUGGUAAGAUUUUUAAUACCCUAUUAGACAUUUAA